UCCAUUGUUACAUUGUAACAAACGGGGCCGGGGCGAAGCGGGGAGAAAAGGCGUCUUCUCGUUAGUUCGUUUGCAACAUUUUGACACCAAUCGGGGGGGGGAAAGGCCAAUCCGCAUUAAUACGAGAAGACAGCGAAGUAAGCACCGCCGACCGAACCCGCCCCGGUGAGAAAAAGGAUAAACCAACACAGAUGUCAGCGGAUUUCUCCAUCGCAGUCAUUUCAAGGCUUACAUCAGGAAGAUAAGGCACUCGGUUACAUUUAUUCAUGUUGCACCGAAAAUGUUGGGGAAUAAAUCGCAGUUAAUCAUAUGACGCCCCUCUUUCUGCAGUCUGUCUUUUAAAAUAGAUAGGCAUGCAACAUUUAAACCAAACCCGCAGGUCUAAUAGACAGCUCCUGCUUUCUCUGUGAUCCUUCAGUGUGCAGAACAAUGAGCAUGGAACCUAAAUAGCCUCAUAUAGUCAGAUAUAAGUGUUGCAAAUUGACAGUCACGCCAGCUUUCAGCCAGAUCACUUGGGGUUACCAUUGCUCCGCGGUUGCAGUCUGGAUACUCGGUUCAGGAAUACCGGUUCUGGCACAAAAAGAGCAUCUCAUAGGGCGUUAAAAGAUUGAUGUGCAGCUCACAUUAGAAAAGGGAAAAGACCUACGAGUUCGUUGGAAUAAGGGUCUUUGUUUCUGCUCCAGACACCGAGUUUCCAUGGAGGCAGGUUCGUCCCUCAGUCUCAAACGAAGAUAUGAAGAGGUGGACAACAGCUCUCCAUUCUCUACACCCAAGGACUCUGACGAUGACAUCUCCAGCAGUGACAGCGCUGACAGCUGUGACAGCCUUAACCCCCCAUCAAGCACUGCAUUUACCCGUAAGGAACAACAGGAGACACACGUUAAAGCCACCUCCAUCCUCCGACAGCACAAGCCGUCACCAGGGGGGAAACGGGUGCGUUUUGAUGUGGUGACAGUGUAUUACUUCCCCCGGCGGCAGGGAUUCACCAGCGUGCCCAGCCAAGGGGGCAGCUCCCUGGGCAUGGCACGUCACCACUCCUCCAUCAGACACUACACACUGGGCGAGUUUGCCCGAGAACAGGAAACGAGUCACCGACACACUUUACGCCAGCAUCUGCGCCAAGAGAAGCUCAAUGCCCGCAAGAUGAAGCUGACAAGGAACGGCACAGUGGAGUGCGCCCAGGCAGACCUGCUAACUCUGGAGGAUGUAUCGGAUGAGGACCUCGAUGUGGACGGGGUGGAGGUGGAUGAUUGUUUCUUCCUUCAGCCGCUGCCCACAAAGCGUCGUCGAGCCCUCCUGCGAGCCUCGGGCAUCGCCCGCAUAGAUGCCAGGGAGAAAGCUGAACUCAGAGCUAUCCGCCUCUCGCGUGAGGAAUGCGGCUGCGACUGCCGCUUAUAUUGUGACCCUCGCCACUGCGGCUGCAGCCAGGCUGGUAUUAAGUGCCAGGUGGAUCGAAUGUCAUUCCCAUGUGGCUGCUCUAGGGAUGGUUGCGGCAAUGGAGCGGGCCGCAUCGAGUUCAACCCUCUACGUGUCAGAACUCACUACCUGCACACCAUCAUGAAGCUGGACCUGGAGAAGAGGAGGAUGCUUAUACAAGGGUCUGGGGACCAGUAUGCUGAAUCUGACCAGUUGUCCUCCCCCUCCUCCACUUGCCCCACUUCUCCGGACCUAUCCUCAGCCACUGGCCUGGAUUCUGAGCUGGAGGAGAGUGAGGUGCAGACAGUGGUGGAAGUUCAAGAUCUCCUGGCAGAGCAGGACAUUCUGGAGCGUGAGAAUGAGACAGCUGUGUUGCACCUGCAGAGUGCAGAGGAGCAGGAGAGGAGGGAGAGGGAGGAGGCAGAAGGGGAAGCAGUGCAGCAGGAGCUGGGCACAGGAGGUCUGACAGAGCAACCUCUCUGCCUCAUGCCCAGUGCCUUGGGAGGGGAGCUGCCCGAACAGGCUGAGGUGUCAGGUGUGGAGCAGGUCCUACUGCAGGGGCCGUUCCCCACGGGGGCCACGGUCCUGUGCAUCACUGAUAACCAAGAGGAGAGCCCCUCUGACCUCCUCAAAGACUCCACUUCUCUGCUCUACUAUCAGCUCAGUCCCAUAGAGCCUGAAUCCUUUGAGAACCUGCCCAGAGCAGAAGAGGCUGAACAGGAGGAGCGCUUGGUGAGAGAACAAGAUUCAAGAGGAGGCGAAUGUGUGGAGACAAAACAAGAAGGAGGAGAGGAGAGGAAGGAUGAUAAGCCUGAAGAGAUCACCGGCAGGCAGAAUUUGGGCAAGUGUUUGACCGAUGUAAUUCUGUGCUCAGAGGAACGUGUGGAAGUAGUGAAGGAGAGGCCCUUGAGUCUCCAGCAGAGUCUCCCUGAAGAGCACUGCCAACGGGCGUCCCGCUUGGAGGGAGAAGUAGAUCCACCGCCUCCUGAAGUCUAGUUUUAGCUUCUCUGCAGAUAUUUUGCACAAUAGCUUCAUCUAAGAUGAAAAAAUUACACAUUUCACAUUUAUCACUGCUAUAAUCAAGAAUGAUUACAGGUUGCAAUCUCUUGAAGUGACUGUCGUUGAAUUAUGUUGAGAAUAAGCUUGACUAUUACAAUACAUGAGUGGGGGGAGGGUGGGGGGUGCUGAAAGCACAUACUGAUCACUCCCCAGAAGUAAUAUGGAUGCAGUUACAAGGCAACAUUGUAUGUAAUUCUGUUGGGGGUGAUGAAUGCGGCCUUAAUGGGAAAACGUAAAAACACUUGCGAGUAGAAGUCAUUUGUCGAUGAGAGAGUACAGCAAGUAGUGCUUUGUUAAUUUCCAACGCAGCAAACAGAAAACACAAAGUGUGAAUGCUGACAAAAGCCUUUUGUUUGGUGAUGUAUUAAGUUAUCAAAACUAAACACAAAUUGUUUUGCAGUGCGCAAGAAGCUGGUGUGUUAAGAUACUUGCUGGCUCACUUUCCAUUACAGCAAACAUGUGCUGUAGUCAAGCCAAAUGACGGCCUCUGAUAGUAUCUUCCGCUGAAAAUAGACCUAAUAAUCCUGGAAAUACUUGUUUUUGUGUACUGUAUAUGCAUUUGCAAAGUGCAAGACAUAGAUGGGGUUGCUGCUUUUUUGAUCUGUAUGCACAUUGUGAACUGAGGGCAGCGAGUGUUGGGGCUCUGCUGUUAUGAAGGUAAACCAACACUGAGCAGCAGACUAGCACUGGCCUUAGUUGUUGCUCUUGCUCACUAGGGCUGCUUGUGCAAAUGCAAUCAAUUUGUCAACAAAAACCUAGUUUACCUGUAGUUACAAUGCCUAUGAUAUUACUUAUUAUUUCUUUGAGUAAUGUGUUUUUUGUGAAUUAGAUGCUGUUGGUUUGAAGUCCUCAC